AUGACGAACCAAGAAUAUCUGCAAGAUCUUGCUGCGCAAAUUCAAAAAGCAGUUGGGAACUACAACUCCAAUGACACGACAAGUUGGAUUCCUAUCCAAAAUGCCAUGGAAUGCCUACGCCGAGAAAUCGAGCCACCCCACAUCUUCGUCAUGAAGCAAAGAUUCCAUCUGAUCUCUAAGACUCUGGAAAAUGUCUGCAUUCUUGCCGCUCUAGAGAUGGGUCUACUUCAAAUUCUGUCCGACAAUAAAGGCAAGAGCGUUACUGCAACAGAACUAGCAAAAGUAUCAGGAUAUAAUGAGCUUUUUAUCAGUAAGCAGGACUUGUUCUAA